UUUCUCAGGGGGUAACCUGGCAGCCUCGUUUUAUUACACAACUGUCUGGGGAUAUGAUGAUGUACUCCCAUAUGGGAAAGCGAUAUUAUUGCCAGUCUUGAGAGAAGACUAGUUUUUAUGCCUUGGUGAAGCUCCCCUGCUGAAAUGUCGGACUUCGCUCACGGCCAGACGUAUAAUAAAAUCUGGACCCGCAGCGCUCCUGAUUAGUUGAAGCCACUGGAGGUUGUGUGGCGGCCAUUUUACCUUGCCGACUUCUGUUGAGAACAUUCAAUAAUUCCAUUGCACCACAUUCGAUUACUGCCCGAGGGUUAUGGUAGGGAUAAGGAGAAACAAACUCUUGCAGAUGAAUUUCGUGUUUGUUAGUGAUCACCGAGGAAAGCUUGAAUUUAAGCCAAUUUUUUUGUGAAGGCCUAGCAUUAGCGUUCAGCGAGUGCUCGUUUGUUUUUUAUCGUUUUUUUUUCGCGUAUUCUCAGCGGGUUUCUCUGAAACAAUUUGAAAAAUUAAAUCCAACAGAAAAAAGCAAAAGCUGAAUUUUUUGUUUCCGAAAUUUUUCAUCGUUAGAAUUUUCUAGAAUAGGUAUUUUGUUUCACAAAAACUGAAGUACGAGGAGGACGUAAUGCUCUGUGGUGCCGCAGUUUGCAGCACAUUGAAUUUGGCAGGCUAAUUCCGAUCCUCGGUCAUGACAAGAAAAUGAAUGUCCCAGUGCAUGAACUUUAAAAAUUAUGGAGAAUAUUCCUUUUUAUCUGCCAUACUAACACUGAUAAAAUAUUUCUCAGUGUGGGCCUACAUUCUGUAAAAAAAAGAAGUAAAAUAAAAUUCAGUAAGCAAAUCAUGAAUGACUAAUACAAAGCCGGCCACAAAAUCAUUUUUCAAUUAAAAAAAUAAUUGUUUACAAAGCAUGAGGUCAGUAUAGAACCUUUCUUUGAUACAACGCCUUCAGGUCUGGUACCCCCCUUACCUGUCCAAUUUCUAUACACACUGUAGACUUGUUACCUCACCGUCCCAUAUCUUGCUUCAAAUGUCUGGUCGUGCUAAAAUAAUCGUCAUUGAAGCCUGUACAUGUACAUAACUACACGUGUUCAGUUCGGCAGAGAACUGUGAAGAAUAUUUGGCCAUAAAUUCACGCGUUCCUCGGUUAUCACUAAUGGACACGAACAUCUCUGCAAAAGUUGUUCCUACUAAUCAUUAAUAUAACCCUCGGGCAGUAAUCGAAUAUGCUGCACUGAAAUUAUUGAAUAUUUUCGACAUAAACAUCAAAGACCGUGGCAGUGUUCCAUAGGUCAGCGCUGGUUUGUCCUCAAUCUUUUGGCACAAUGAAAUGGCCGCCCCUCUACUUCCGGUAGCUUCAAUGACGUCCGUAUCACAAAUGCUGCAUUGUGGGUCGAAAUUUAUUUUAUACGUCCGUGGCUUCGCUUUGAAAAAAAUCCUCCAGAGCCACGAACAUAGCCUACUCCAAUCGAGUUUCCACAGUGUAUUGUGUAAAAAAGAAGUCGCAUCCCGGGAUACACAUGAGGGCAUUGAAAGCAAAUGAACUGGGACUUGUACAUUGGCUACGUGCAUUUACAAUUCCAUAAUGGAAGAGGAGCACAUGCACCCCCAGUUAGGCCACAAGGAAAAGCUUUGAGGUGUAGUCUCUAUUUCAGUAACCACCAUGGAUAUCGUUCUGAACGUCGCGGAUGACUAUAUCUUUGACAAGUAUAACGUGUACCCUGUGAGCUGGUCCAACGACUACUGGCUCCGGCAGGUCGCCAGCUUAUACGUGUUGACCUGUAUCUCUGCAGUUGGCCUUUACCUUGUCUCUGCCAGCUUCAAUUACUAUGUCCUGUUUGAUCAUCGACUGGAGAAGCAUCCAUUAUUUUUGAAGAACCAAAAACGGCGGGAAAUUAUGACCUCCAUACUGAUCCUUCCCGUGAUUGCUGUCCUAACUGUGGCCAUGUUCUUCAUGGAAGUACGAGGCUACAGCAAACUCUUCGACGGCUUACCGAGUGGGGAGCUGGGUUGGCUGUUGAUCGCCCGAGACAUUGCUGGUUUCGUCUUUUUCACUGACUGUGCCAUCUACUGGAUCCAUCGCUGGAUGCAUCACCGUCUGGUCUACAAACACAUCCAUAAGAUGCAUCAUAUCUGGAAAGUUCCAACUCCUUUCGCAAGCCACGCCUUCCACCCCAUCGAUGGAUUUUUGCAGAGCCUACCCUACCAUCUCUACCCCUUCAUCUUCCCGCUCAACAAAUACGCCUAUUUGGUCCUCUUCGUGUUGGUAAACAUCUGGACCAUCUGCAUCCACGAUGGUGACUACCGGGUACCAACGCUGCUCAGACCGUUCAUCAAUGGCUCUGCGCAUCACACCGAUCAUCAUCUGUACUACAACUACAACUAUGGUCAGUAUUUCACCCUGUGGGAUCGCAUAGGGGGCUCCUUCAAGACACCAUCAGCAUUUGAAGGGAAAACCUUAGUGGAUGAGAUCUUGGAGAAACAGAGGAAUACGAAAAAUCAUGUGGAGUAAUUGGACUGAUUAAAAUGUGUGGCGCUAUUAGCAUUGAACUUUGAAAUGAAGAGAACAUGUGAACGGCCAUACAUUAAACUUUUUGUGACGGUAAUGUCGCAGUUGGACUUUGAAAUGAGACAAAUGUGAAUUUGAUCAUUUCUGAUGGUUCAUUACUAGCAUUUUACUCGCAUUUCGAAGUUUGAGUGUGAACUAUGUAUUACUUCAAAACGUCUUCCAUUACGUACGACCAUUGUCAUACGAUGGUUGGCUUUGGUAAGCUUUCAAGGGCGGAACCAAAAUUGAAAGUAAGAUGGGGAUCUGAUCCGUUUGUUGAAAGGUGACGAUUUUUGCUGAAAAAUUAAAAGCACGGUUGGCUUAAAGUUGUUUGAUUUCGCCCUUGGUAGCUAGGCGUUUUAUAUUUAUUCAUAAUUUUCUCUGCAAUAUAAAGUUGUACAUAUGAAAAAGACAAGGUAUUUUGAAUUGGCUGCUUUUGUUUUACUCUAAAUUUUACACUGAUUGCUCUUCUGCUCAAAGGCUUUGAAGUAGAUCAUAAAAUGGGUUGGAUUAGCUGAUAAAGAAAAUCUUUGUUUUUGCGACAUUUGCAUGCACUGUGAUCAAAAAUAAUGGUCAUCUAGAGGCUUAUGUAAAUAUCAAACGCAACAAAGUCUAUCGUGCAUAAAAGUGUAUAAAAUACAUGUACAAUGAUAAAGUAGAACAGCUGAUGCACAUUCUGUGAAAAACAAUUGGGAGGUCAUGUUGGCGUAGAUGCAAGGUCCAGUUUGAACAUUUGGUUCUCUUGAACGUUAUGAACAAUUUGGUGCGAAUUUAGAUGUUUCCUCGUUUAUAUGACACGUAAACAAAUAAAAGUCAUGAAAUACAUUGGGCAGGUGAUUGCAUAAGAAUUUUCUUAAUCUGUUAUAACUGGAAUUCAAUACAAAAGCUUUUCCUCAGCAUGGCUCAAUCUCUGUUUUGGAAUACAUUAUAAACAAGAUUUUGAACUGUGUGAACGUUUAUUUUAAUGGAGAGAAAUGGAGUGUCGAGAGUUUGUUUAUUCGAUUUUGUAGACGAGUUUCACAGACAGGCCCUUCAGUGCCCAUCGACAAAGGUCAGAGCUUCGGUCAGGUCUUUACAUCCUCGUCAUCUAAUUUAAACUUUCCCCCUCCUCCCUUGAAUUUCAGCAUUCCAUCACGAGACUGUAUGUACAGCACGCACAACACAAUGGUCUAUAAGUUUACCUCCCAAAUCCCAUCGGCUUCCAAUCGCGUGAUUUUUAUAGGAGAGAUUUUGGGAUGUUGGCAUUAUCAUUGUUGGAUCCCAGCAAAGGUUUUGAAAGUGAUGACCGGAGGGGGGGGGAGCGAAUAUACGUCAACUUCAGCAGACAUAAGAGGUUUAUAGAACAUUGGAAAAUUGACCCUAUCAAUCAAACUAAACCCAGACAAUAACUCGCAGAUAAAUGGGAAAAUCCUCUCAAAUUCCGUUGUUGCACGUGAGACCCGCGCGCCUCAAGCCGUUAGGCCUACCUAAAUAGACAUUAGCAAGAUAUCUUUUUUUAUAACUGCGCUAUAAAAGCAACCUUUUAAACUUAUUUCACCAGGAUAACUUUGCCAUGUGACACCCUCUUUCUGUACUUCGUUCUCAAGUCUGCGACCUAGUCUCCUUUCUAGGUCACACUUAUGACUCACUGUUUACUGACAUGUUAAUUUUAACUGAAUUCAAGCACCAUAUUUAUAACAACCAAUAGCGACCAUGUUCAAGGGCCCAUACAUUGAGGAUACCUAGCCAAUCUCUUUCAUCUCCUCCCCUCAA